AUGACGACCUCCGCGGGCAACGCUUCGAUGUCGAUGGAGAGCCGGCUGAAUUGCUCCCUCGACGAUCUAGUCAAAAUGCAGCGCCAAGCGGCGGCGCAGGGGCGCAACUCUCAACGAAAGAACCCGUUUCGUCGGGGGAAUGGACCUAAACUGUCAGGGCGCGGUCGCGCAAUCAACAAACGCGGAGGGCCCUCGACGGGCGGGGCGGACUCUGGUCGAACCGGAGGCCAGGCAGCAGGCAACGUGCGGGGCGCAGUUCGGCGCGGUCGUGGCGGUCGCGGCGGCUUUGCCGUUUCGUCUCGCAACCGCCCGACGCCGAAACCUGGGGCCAAAAAGAAGCAGAACCUUCAGGCGGCAACUCCGAAAGUGUCCCUGGCGCAGCGUCUUGCGCAGCCUCUUGAGAACUCGGUUCCCGGCAGAAAGGCUGGGAAACCCGGCCCGAAGAAGACGGGAACAGCGAAUGCGAGACGGGUUGCAACAGCUCCCGUGUCUGCUCAGCGUAUGAUGAUCCGACCGGGAAUGAGGCUUCGUGGGAGAGCCGCGUCCAGGAAAUCGCGCCUGCCGCUCGGCCUUCCGCGCACUCGAGACGGCGCGCUUGUCGGCCGCCCGGCAGCGCGCCUCGCGGUCCGUUCGACCGCUGGAGCUCGGUUGCAAGGACUCGGCGCGGCGAACGCAACGCGUGGCCGCAAGGCAGUAACUGUGAGGAAGACUGGCGGCAUCAGCAAGCUGGCGAACGCUACGCGCGCAGAACCCGCCGCAGCAGCUGCACGGCUCAAGGCAGCGCGCCCUGGCGCAGCGAGGCCACUCAACACUUCGUUCAACAGACGAGCGCAGAGCUCGGCAGCCGGCGGAUUUGCCUCUGCAGCGGCGCCGCGUCCGACGCGGGCUGCGACCGCCGGGAGCACCAGGAGGCGCGCUCCAGCGCCGGGAAACAGGGUACCCGUGUUGCGCGGGAGUUCUGCCCAACAGCCAGUGCAACGGGCUGUGCCUUCUGCGAGCGAUUUGGAGCUCAUGUCAAAGAUAAAGAUUAUGGCGACGCUGGACAAGGUGCCGCCGCCCAUGGCUGCUCAGCGGGGCAUGGCAGUAACGCCGCCGCAAGCGAUGGUGGAUGAACAUGGCUACGCGAACAACAAAAGUGCACAGGCGGCGCACCUGCCGUACAACGGAUACGGCGGGGGGAGCUUAAGCGAUCGCUUCAGCAAGUAUGGCCCGCGAUAG